GGCCAAUAUGGGCAACAGCAAAGCUAUGGUUAUCAGCAACAACAGCAACAACCCCAGGGUUAUCCCGGGCAGCAGCAGAUGCAGCAACCGAUGCAACCCCAACCUACGGGUUUCUUUGCGGGUGGGAACAUGUCGACCUUCCAGCAGCAGACUCCGAAUGCACAACCCUUUGCACCUCAGCCUACCGGCUUUGUUCCUCAGCAGAAGCCGACUCCGGCACCGGCGUCCCAGCCCGCCGCUGCCAAGAUUCCCAACUUGCGCUUGUCCUUUAUCACUGCGGCCGAUCAGGCCAAGUUUGAGCAGCUCUUCAAGUCCGCUGCGGGAUCUGAAGCUGCACUUUCAGGGGAUAAAUGCAAGGAGAUCUUGCUGAGGUCGAAGUUGCCGCCCACCACUCUUCAAAAGAUCUGGGCUAUCUCUGAUACUACAAAGUCUGGACAGCUUAUGUUCCCUGAGUUUGCAGUUGCGAUGUAUCUCUGCAACCUUGGGUUGACCAACAGACCUGUCCCAGAUGCAUUGCCUGAGCGCGUCCGCAACGAAGUUACCAGUAUGAUCGACCGCAUUGUCGAGAUGAUUCCUGAUUUGCAGAUGGAGCAGCCUCCUCCCCCUUCAGUCAGCCCAGCGGCAACGGGCACGCCUCAAAUCAACAUUCAGCCCACCGGUGGCAGUACGCUGUCUCAAUUGUCAAACCUGAACCCUCAGCCGACUGGUUUCCAGCUACAGUCAUCGAGUUUGCUCUCACAACCCACUGGUUUUGCUCAGCCUAUCGCGCAACCUCAGCUCGGUUCGCAGCCUAUUGGGUUCCUUGGCUCUAACCUUGCUCCUCAACCCACCGGCUUCCAGUCUCAGACGACGGGCAUGGCGCCCUUGCAGUCCCAGCCUACAGGUCGUCCUGGACAGUGGGGUUACAUUAACGGCCCAGCUGGUGGCCUUGCUGGUAUGGACAUGCUCUCGUCACGACUUAUGCCGCAGCAAGGUCUUGACGCCGGUUCUUUUACUACAGCAGGUUUGCAGGGUAACGCGACUAUCCCCUGGUCCGUGACUAAGGACGAGAAGAAGAUUUACGAUAACAUUUUCAAUGCCUGGGAUGGCAUGAACCGUGGCUUUAUUAGCGGUGAAACUGCUAUCGAGGUGUUUGGACAGUCUGGACUGCCGAGGGAGGACCUCGAGCGUAUCUGGACUUUGGCUGAUGCUGGAGACAGAGGAAAGUUGAACAAGGAUGAGUUUGCGGUCGCACUUCAUCUGAUUUACCGCAAGCUCAACGGUUACGACAUCCCGGCACGUCUUCCUGCUGAACUCCUUCCGCCGUCCCACCGCAAUAUUACGGAUUCUAUUUCCCAGAUGAAGGGUUACCUUCGUAAUGACGCUUCUUCUCGUAGGGCCGUCGGUGGGUUGCAACCCCAGGCUACUGGUGUGAGCUACAUGAAGAGCCGCUCGCUCCGCGGUAGUGACGAUCAGCCUUUGAAGAAGGAUGCUACUGUCUACAAGCACGACGACGAUGACAGUGCCUACGUCUCUAGCGCUCGUCGCCGCACUGGUCGCGGUACUGACAGCCCUGCUUCUCGUGAAAGGAGUCCUAGUCCAACGCCCACUGAGUCAACUAGCAGACUUGAUCGCUUGGACCAGUUGCGGAAGCGCAUCAGGGAGAAGGAGAUCUUGUUGGAUGCCAUUGAUAUCCGUGACGAGGACUCUCAUGAGGCUGAUUCAGUCCUUGACCGCAGGGACCGUGAUGAGGCUGAUGAGCUCUAUCGCCGUCUCCGCAGGAUUCAAGAGGAUAUUGAGCGUCACCCUAACUCUGCUACUCGUAAUCUCGAUUCUAGCGCUGAGAAGCGUGCUCUCGCCAGGCAGUUGCAGAACUUCUCUGACCGUUUGCCCGAACUUGCGAGCAAGAUCCGCAGCGUGGAGAAGAAAAUUGCUGACGCGAAGCUUGAGUUGUUCAAGUUGAAGGAUGCGAAGGCUAACCCGAACUCAAGUCCACCCAUCACCGGAACUGGGCCUAAUGGUCAGGUCACGGAAGCUGAUAGGCGUAAGGCAAAAGCAGCGGCCAUGCUGAAGGCUCGUAUGGCAGCCCUGACGGGCGGUCCGGCUCCUCCUACAGAUGAUGGCGGCGAGGCUGCUGCACAAAGGCUGAGUGCCGAGCAAGAAACCCUUGAGAGGCAGCGCGAAAGCAAUGAGAGAAUGAUUCAGGGCAUUGUCGAGAGUGCUGAUCAGCUUAAAUCUGACCUUGAACGUGCAUUGUUGUCCAGCAACACCGAUGGUACUCAAGGCGAGCACGAGCGUCGCAGAUGGGAAGAAGGUCUCGGAGUCGAGGACGAAGUUCGUGACUUCAUUCUCGACUUGCAGAGGCAGAGUAGGUCCGGUGUGUCCAGGUCAGCUGCGAGAGAGCCCUCGUCUGAUGCUAGCAGAUAUGACGCUCCACAGAAGACCUACGGUAGCUCCGAGCCUGCCACUGUCCCAGCGGCGGCUCCUACAUCGGCGAAGCCCGCUGCUCCCCAAGGUACUGAGGAUCGCGCUGCAUGGCUCAAGGCAGAGGCCGAGCGCCGUAUGGCUGAACGCUUGGCCGCUCUCGGCAUUCGUCCCGUCUCCACCGCGACUACCCGACCCGCAGCUGACCCUACCUCUGAGCGCAUUGAGCGUGAGCGAAAGGAGGCUGAGGAGCGUGCUCGACGUGCAGAAGCCGAGGACAAGAAACGAGAGGAGGCCCGCCAGCAGCGCAUCACUCACGAACGAGGGGGGCCAGUAGCUACCCCUGAGGUUCCUCGUGAGGUUGCUCAAUCCGAGCCUCAGGCAGACAAGCACGCAGAAGAGGUUGCCUUGAAGGCCGCCCAGGACGAUCAGGAGGCGCACAGGCAUGCUUUGGAAGAGCAGGAACGCCGCGAAGAGGAAGAACUCAUGCGCGAGAAGCAAGCUCAAGAGGAGCGUAUGCAGAAGUUGAAAGAGCAAGUCGAGGCCGGAAAGAUGAGGAAAGCAGAGGAAGCUAAGAGGCGUGAGGCUGCCAGGCAGGAGAUUAACGAGCGUGAGCAGCGUUUGGCUGCUAUGCGUGCUGAGGUGGAAGCCAGGAAGGCUGAAGAAGAGAGACUCCAAAGGGAGAUGGAAGCUUUAGAGGUCGAGUCAUCAUCGGACGAUGGUGGUUAUGAGCAUACUCCUGCAGAGCUUUCUUCGCCUUCUACCUCGGCUCCUCCACCGCCUGCGGCUCCUCCCGCUCCUCCCGCUCCUCAAGAUGUUCCUCCUCCCGCACCCGCGGCACCGGCUGUAGCCCAGGCUCCAGUCUCUACGAACCCGUUCCAUCGUGCAGGUGCUGCGAGUCAAAGCACUGCCUCUGUCGUGUCGCCCACCAAUGACAGUGGUUCCACCAACCCAUUCUUCCGCCUUGCUGGACAGGCAAAUACCUCGUCUUUGACUUCCCAGAGUACCGCGAGCAACCUUACCGUACCUGAGAUGAAGCGUGGCCACUCGCGUGACAGCUCUGAUGACUGGGAUGUCGUUCAAAACGACGAGGGUGACUCGAGUUCUGAUGACGAUGAUGUCCCUGCUGGGCGCAAUCCGGCGCAUUUGGCUUCCCUCCUAUUUGGUUCCAUGGGCAUUCCUCAGCGAGCCGUUGCUUCGCCUGCUCCAUCUUCCAAGUCGCCGCUGCCACAGGCGGAGGAGCCGCAUGGUAUCAUUGCUACUAUCUCCGAGGGCAUUCACAGCGUGACCGAUUCAAUCUCUGGUGCUCUGGGCAUGACGGGCUCACCUCCUCCUCCGCCGCCGCCACCUCCACCUAUGGGUGGACCGCCGGGUCCACCUCCUCCUCCGCCUGGUAGCGCACCACCUCCUCCUGCUCCCAUUGGAGAUCGCAAUGCUUUGCUUGGUCAGAUUCAGACUGGUAGAGCUUUGCGGAAGGUUCAGACUAAGGACGCGAGCGGAGCUGCCGUAGCAGGCCGUGUUCUCAACUAGGUGUCUUUAGGCAGAUGAUGUAGGGUAAAGGUUUUCAUUUCAAAAACUCGUUGUUCUGCUAGUUCACUAAUUCAAAUGUAUUCCCUUGGCAGCACUUGCAUAACGGG